UGGCUGGUGUUCGGGUCAGCACUUUCUCUUACUCCCUUCCUUUCCUCUCUCCCACUCUCCCUCACAUCUGGAGGGUGUCUGCUGCUGCUGUGACUACUCGCCUGCUAUGGGACAGUCUAUGUUUGGACUGGACGUCAGACUUCAGGAAAGAGCUCAGCGGUGCACAUGGCUUUUCCCAAACAUUCCGUCCUGCAGGCCCUGAGUGUUCUGCUCUUGGCCUGGUCGUUGGUGCGUUGCCAGGCCCCUCUCGAUCCAGAGGAAGAAGAGGAGCAGGAGGAGGAGAACAUAAUGGAAACCAAUAUUGCAACAGUGGUGACGAAAUCUGAGCAGACCGAAUGUCCGCUGGAGUGCAGCUGUAUGGCGGAGGGGGUGGUGGACUGUGCUGGAGUCGACCUUACCGAGUUCCCCAGCGAUCUGUCAGAGAGCACCCGCCAGCUCUCUCUGCAGAACAAUAAGAUCGAAGAGAUCACAGUGGAGCAUCUUUCCCAUCUGCACCAGCUUGAGACGCUCAACCUUCAAAACAACUGGCUCACCACGAACGGUCUUGAAGAUGAAGGUUUUGAAAUGCUCGAACAACUGGCUUAUUUAUACUUGGCAAAUAACAAGCUCACUUAUGCACCAAAAGUCCUACCACCCUCAUUGGUCAGCGCCGAUUUUGCUGCUAAUCAGCUUACCAGGAUCUACCCCUAUACCUUUGGACACAAACCCCAUCUGAAGUCCGUGUAUCUCCAUAACAACAAGCUGACUGACGCAGGGCUACCCGAUCACAUGUUCAAUGCCUCUGACAAUCUGGAGAUCCUCACCAUGUCCAGCAAUUUUCUACGGGUUGUCCCCAGGAACCUACCUGCCACUCUUUACCGCCUUCAUAUGAAGAGCAACAAGCUGGAGAAAAUUCCAGCAGGAGCCUUUGACAACCUGCCAAACCUCAGAGAGCUGUAUCUGCAGAAUAAUCUGCUGAGCAAUGAGGGCAUGGACAACGAGACGUUUAGCCAGCUGAGCAGUCUGGAGUAUCUGGAUUUGUCAAAUAACAACCUGAGCGUCGUGCCCACUGGUCUGCCACGCAGUCUAGUGCUGCUCCACUUGGAGAAGAACUCCAUCCGCAGCAUCCCCAAAGAUGCUCUUACGUCUGUCCGAAAUCUCGAGUACCUGCUCAUUCACAAUAACAAGCUCCGCUCUCGUUCCAUCCAUCCUGCUGCCUUCCAGGGCCUGAAGAAGUUGCACACUCUCCACAUGUACAACAACUUGCUGGAGCGGGUUCCCAGGGGCAUGCCCCGGCGGGCCAAGACCCUUAUGCUUCUGCACAACGCCAUUUCUGAAAUUGGCCGUAAUGACCUGGCCCUGCUGUACACCCUGACAGAACUCAAUCUCAGCUACAACCGUCUGACCAGCUCCCAAAUUCACCGAGAGGCUUUCAGGAAGCUACGUUUGCUAGAAAACUUGGACCUGUCAGGAAACAGCCUUCACUCGCUGCCACUAGGACUUCCUCGCACCCUCCAAGUGCUCAUAGUGAAGAACAACCAGCUGAACUCCAUACCAGAUGGCGCGUUGACAGGAAUGGAGAAGCUGAGGAAGGUCAUCCUGAGCGACAACCAACUGAAACUGAACUCGAUCUACCAGGGAGCCUGGAUGGAGCUCAGUGCGCUCACAACACUGGAUCUGUCGGGCAACCAGCUGUCACACAUCCCCUCAGACCUUCCUGAGUCUCUUGAGUACCUUUACUUGCAAAGCAAUCGCAUCUCCACUGUCCCUGCUUCAGCAUUUGAAGGCACACCAAACAUCAAGGGCAUCUUCCUCCGGUUUAACCGCCUGUCUGUGGACACCGUGGACGAGAGCUCAUUUGCACAUCUGACCAACUUGCAGGUGUUGGAUAUUGGGAUGGGAAACACCAGGUUCCCGUCUCUGAAAGAGGAUUCAGAUGGUUACACGCUGACGGAGGAGGAGGAAACAUAAGACACUAUACCCGCUGGCUUUGGACUGCUUUGUAUAAAGGACAGAAAGGGCUUUUAAACAGGAAUGAAUCUGUGAAUGCCAUUUCUCAGCUUCAUUAUUGUACUGAGAGGCAGAAUCACAUAUUUCUGGUGCAGGAUACCGGAUAAAGUUACUUUUAUUUCCAUGUUAUGGGCUGGUUUGAAAUGCAUAUCUUUAUAUCUGUGCUUUAAUAUUUGUCUUUAACUGUUGCAAUGUCGACUUUGUUCUGUGCUUUAUGCUGCAAAACACAUCCACCAAAUCAGUCAAGUUUCCCAUGUUCAUGUUUCAUAAUAAAGACACAGAAUACGAGCA